UACGCGCAAUAGCAGUCUCAUCACACUGGGCAGCUAAAAUGGCGCGUUUCGUGAAUCACGUAAAUGUGCGCUGUAGAAGGAGCUAUGUUAUUAUGAUCUUUGCAAACUCAAUUUAGGUUGAAUGGAAAUGCGCAGAAAUCGUUGAGGAUGGAAGUUGACCUCGAUGACGACGUCAUCUGUGUAGAAGAACUGCCAUUGAAUUCUAUCUGUAAGAAACUCUUGGAGCAAAAGCAAGACUCCUGCGUUUUGAGCCAAUAUGAAUGUGUCCUUCGCGACUUGGAAUUUGCGUUCGUCGAACUGAAAACUCUGAAUGACAUUCCUGUCUUAUUACCUGAUGCAAUACAACUACUGUCGUCUGUUUCCAAAGCGGCCAUCUUCCAUCUGCUGUCGAGAUCUGCUGUUGAAUCGUACAUUAACUGUCUGCUAACUCUACAUAUCUUGGCGGUACGCGAACAGUCGGAGCUUGUGAAGCGAUGGGUUUCUCAUUGCUUUCAGCGCUGCCUGUCGUGUAAGACGGAACUUGGUCAAGGAAAAUUUGUCCCGAAGUGUUCUCCGGAUAUAUUCCAGCUGGCAGGUCUGCUAUGCAAGCUAGAAGAAAAAAAGCAGGGAGUUCCGGCAGCUGCCAUCUCGGCAUUCCUGAGGUGCGCCCUUCGAGUCUUGGAGAACCACUCGAUUUAUGCUGACAAAGCCCUUCACGAAAUUAUUGGAGCCGUGAGCAGCUUAGCACGAAGCAACAAUCGCGUACUCCCUACAGCUGUCAUUGAAGCUUUGUGCGAUCUCUUUCAAAAAGGACGACUUAAGUUAGACACGCCGCUGGCAAGGAGCCUGCUCGAAGCUUCUCCCACUGUCCUCGAAAGGCUAAUACUCCUCCGUAUCUUGCAGCAGUUGAACUCCGGUGCAGACGCUCCUGCUGGCGAUGCCCAACUUCUUGGUCGCUUUGCUGACUGUAGCGUGAGGUCGUCGUAUAUAUUCAGGAGGUGCCUGUCCAUCCUGCUGACAAUACACAGCAAGUCAUCCCAGGAGAGUCGCAUUCGAGAAAUCACACUGGGGUUCCUGCAGGACGUAAAAGCCAAGCUUGACAGUGAGAGCUGGGUGCUUCUCUUUGAUGAAGAUCUUCAACCCUUGAUUAUAAUGUUGCAGCUUCCUUGGGAAGGGUUUGGAGAAAACCUCAAAACACAGUAUGGCCUCGAACUUUCCCAGCUGGCUUUGAGGAUGCUCGAGAGCAAUGUCCUGGAUACUGGAAGCUUAAGUGUGAUCUUGCACAUUUACCCCCCUUGCAUCAGACAGUACUGUAAUUUAUGAGAGAGUCUAAUGAUGCUAUAUAUUGUACAUAAAUAUAUUUUUAUGCAUAUUUA